AUGAAUAUCAUAUUGAUAUACCUGACAUUGGUAUCAAUAGCCCAGCUAUGCACGGGGCAGGACUACGGCACGCCAACUUACAACCCAGACGCCCCCGGCCCCACCAACGACUAUUCCAACCAGUAUGACAACCCUUACGAUCCGAACAGAAGGAACCCCAACAGGAAUCCGUAUGAUUUGAGCCAGUACGACACGAACCGUAACCAGUACGAUCCGAACCGGAACCAGUACGAUCCAAACCGGAACCAGUACGAUCCAAACCGGAACCAGUACAACCAGUAUGAAAAUCGAAAUGAUCAAACGUACGGGCAGAAUACUUAUAACUCCGAUAACACUCCAAGACCUUGGGACGGGAGCCGAAAUUACGGCACCUCGCUUAAAGUCUCUGAAUUAGAACAUGAUAGCGUCAUUAUUAACGAAGCCACAUAUUUCAUAGUGGCGUCCCGCAUGGUCCGUCCCGGCCAGGUUUACAAGAUCUCGGCCAACAUCUUACGAGCGCGUUUACAGAUGACCAUCCGCGCAUCUAUCUCACGCAACGGCGUUGAGGUCGCCGAUGUCAUCGAAAAGGUCAAAGAGGGAGUACCGGAGAUUUUGAACAUGCGUAUGCCGUUCACGACGGCGCCUGGAGACUACAAGCUACGCGUCGAGGGUCUGUACCUGGACGACCCGUUCGGUGGGCGGGCCUUCGUCAACGAGACGCAACUGACAUUCUCCAGCCGCUUCAUGACCAUAUUCAUACAGCUCGACAAGCCCGUCUAUAAGCAGGGACAAACUGUGAAAUUCCGAGUCAUACCAAUAAGUACAGAACUGAAGGCGUCCGGCCGAGCCAUCGAUGUCUAUAUCUUGGACCCCAAUGGACGGAUCAUGAAGCGGUGGCUGUCACGACAGAGCAACUUCGGUACUGUAAGCCUGCAGUACCAGAUGUCGGACCAACCGCAAUACGGCGAGUGGUCGGUACGCGUGGAAGCUCUUGGUCAAAUAGAGGUGGCGCAAUUCCUCGUUGAAGAGUACUACCAGACACGUUUCGAGGUGAACGUGACGAUGCCGGCGUUCUUCUUCGACACGGAGCCGUUCAUCCACGGGCGCGUGAUGGCGAACUACACGUCGGGCGCGCCCGUGCGCGGCAACCUCACGCUGAAGGCCACCGUGCGCCCCGUGCCGCAGUACCGGCCGCGCUACUUCACGCAGGGCCAGUUCAACAACCGCGGAGACCCGGCAGCGUACGGGCUCUACGCCACCACACAGUACACCAGGGUUCGUCAAAACUACAAUCCCUAUUUGUACAAUGAGAGCAUUCAGUAUGAGUACACGGACGGUCGAAAUGGGCCAGUUGAUGUGAGGCACCUGCCUGGGCAGCCAAACCAGAUUGACCAGCCAGAUUGGUGGUACGACCCACAAAAGGUCUACACAAGACUCUUUAAUUUCGAUGAAAAGUUCCCAUUCUGGAUGCCAAAACCAGACCCUGUUCAGAUUGCAAACCAAUACCAGGAUAACCCCAACUACAACACAUAUACAACUUCCACAUACAACAACUACUACAACGAUCCUUAUUAUAGCCGGUUGCCUUAUUUAAGAUAUUUCAACGGCACAUAUGACUUCAAAUUUCCCAUGUCGGAGCUGGCGCAACUUGUACCGAGUCUAGACGGAGUUGAAGUGAUUAUCACCGCGUCUGUGGGAGAUCCGUUUCUGGACGAAGUGAUAGAAGGUUAUAGCAUAGCAAGAAUUUUUAACUCUUCAUUGGCUGUCACGUUCCUGGGCGGAUCGGUACAAGUGUUUAAGCCUGCAAUGCCCUUCGAUAUUUAUAUGGCGGUGUCGUACCACGACGGGUCGCCGCUGCCGCGCUGGCAGGCGGCGGGCGUGUCGCUGGCGGUGGAGCUGCAGGUGGAGGGCCGCGGCGCCGCCAUCGAGCCGCAGCGACCGUCGCUCGCGCCCGGACACGAAGCCGUCUGGCACCUGCGCCUCGACCUCUACAAGCUGCUCAAGCUGGAGAAUGAUCCUAACUAUCGCGAAGUUCUGAACGGCAUAACGGGCGUGCGCGUGACGGCGCAGCUCGCAGAUGCGGUGGGCGGGCGCGCGGCGGCCGACGUGCACUUCGUGCCGCACUACAGCCCCAACAACCACCACUUGCGAGUUUCCACCAGCACCACCGACGCACGGGUCGGCGAAUACAUUAUAUUCCACGUGCAGAGUAAUUUCCACAUGGAGUCAUUCAACUAUAUUGUGAUGUCAAAGGGCAUCAUUCUGUCCAGUGGUCAAGAGCUAAUGCAGGAGGGCGUGCGCACGUUCGCGGUGGUGCUGGCGGCGGAGAUGGCGCCCGUGUGCACGCUGCUGGUGUGGGCCGCGCAGCGCCGCGGCCGCGUGCUGGCCGACUCGCUCACCUUCCCCGUCAACGGCAUCUCGCGCAACAACUUCACGGUGUUGAUCAACAACCGCAAGCACCGCAGCGGCGAGCGUGUGGAGGUGGCGAUCUACGGCGAGCCCGGCGCCUACGUGGGCCUGUCCGCCAUCGACGACGCCUUCUACACCAUGCAGGCCGGCAACGAGCUCACCUACGCCAAGGUGAUUUCGAAAAUGUCGCACUUCGACGAAGCAACUAACGGCACGUUUGCGUACACGUUCCGCUCCCACUUCGGCGACCCGGAUGAACUCGUCUACUUCCCCUCGUCCAGCUUCGGCAUUGACGCCAACAGGACCUUUGAGUACGCAGGGCUGGUGGUGUUCAGCGACGUGGAGAUCACGCGGCGGCCCAGCAGCUGCUCGGCGGCGCAGGGGCUGGCCGAGUGCCUGGACGGCGGCUGCUACCCGCUCGACAAGCGCUGCGACGCUGUAGCCGACUGCGCCGACCGCACCGACGAGGCCGGAUGUUCGCACGACGACGAGAAAUCGCUGCGGCACUUCCGCAAGUUCCGGUUCAACCGCGUGCUGCGGCAGUACGAGAACGCGUGGCUGUGGCGCGACGUGAACAUCGGGCCGCACGGCCGCUUCGUCUUCACCGAGGACGUGCCGCAGACGCCCGCGCGCUGGACCGUCUCCGCCUUCAGCAUGUCGCCCAGCUACGGCCUGGGCGUGCUGCCCAAGCCUGUGCGAUAUGAUGGUGUGCUGCCAUUCUUCAUCAAAGUGGAAGGUCCGGACCGCUGCAAGCAAGGCGAGCAGCUCGGCCUUCGCGUCGUAGUAUUCAACUACCAGCCGCAGGACAUUGAAGCUAUCGUCGUGCUGGCCGCCUCGCCCGACUACAAGUUUGUGCAUGUCGAGGAAAACGGCUUUGUGCGCUCGUACAACCCGCGCACGUCGUUCGGCGAGCACCAGUUCUUCGUGUACAUCGGCGCGGGCGACGCCGCCACCGUGUACGUGCCCGUGGUGGCGGCGCGCCUCGGCGAGCUGCACGUGCGCCUGCACGCCGCCACGCUCAUGGGCCAGCACCACUACGUCAAGAAGAUCCUCGUCGAGGCGGACGGAAUACCGCAGUAUCGUCACCAGUCAGUGCUUCUAGACCUGUCGAAUCGCGCCUAUGUGUUCCAGUACAUGCACGUGAAUGUCACGGAGACGCCUAUUAUUCCGUACGAAGUGGACCGUUACUACGUGUACGGGUCGAAUAAAGCGCGAGUUACAGUCGUCGGAGAUGUGGUAGGGCCGCUGUUCCCGACCAUGCCCGUUAACGCCACCAGUUUACUCGACUUACCUAUGGACUCGGCGGAGCAGAACAUGUUCAGCUUCGCGGCCAACAUGUACCUGACGCUGUACAUGCGCCUCACCAACCAGCGCAACCGCACGCUGGAGCGCGACGCCUUCGCGCACAUGAACGUGCUGUACCAGCGCCAGCUCUCCUUCAUGAAGCCCGACGGCUCCUUCAGCCUGUUCCGCAGCGACUGGAAUCAAUCUGCGUCAAGUGUGUGGCUGACGUCAUUUUGCGCCAAAAUAUUACAAGAAGCAUCCUUCAACGAAUGGGAGAAUUAUAUCUACAUUGACCCUGACCUAAUUUCAAUGGCGGUGUCCUGGAUAUUGGAGCAUCAGACCCCGGAAGGUGCAUUCUACGAGGUGACGUGGUCACCUGAUCGCAACGCCAACUCUUCUAUCUCCGUGAACGACUCGAUUAUACUACAACGUAACGUCACACUUACGGCCCAGGUCGUCAUCACCUUGGAAUCUGUCAAGAGUCUGAAAGACAUUGGAUUUAGAGAGGGUCUGAGCGCUCGGGUGGCCCAGGCGCAACGCAACGGCAUCCUAUGGUUGGAGAAGAACCUGAAGCUGCUGGAGGAGUACGGUUCGCCCUACUCGCUGGCGCUGGUCGCCUACGCGCUCACUUUCAGCAAGGCACCCAGCUCCGAGCACGCUUACCGACUGCUCAAACGGAAGCAGCGUUCCGAAGGUGGACUGGUGUACUGGGGCAUUGAGCCGGUUCCGCAGCCGCCGUUCAAGAUGGAGAACCAGAAGCCGUUCCUGCUGCCCCGGCUGCCGUACAAGUACGACUCCAACAACAUUGCGGCCACAGCGUAUGCGCUACUGACCUGCAUGGACCACCAGGACAACAACGAGCCCAUUGUCAUGUGGCUCAAUGCACAGAGACUGAAGGACGGCGGCUGGGCCUCCACGCAGGACACUUACAUCGCGUUGCGCGCCCUCAUCGAGUACACGAACCGCAAACGUCUGCGAGACGUGAGUGCGCUCAGCGUGGCCGUGGACGCCGUGGCGCUGCAUGGGCACACGCGCACGCUCACGUUGCGCAACGACAACCUGGCGCUCAUGCACAGCAUAGAGAUCCCGGAGGCGUGGGGCACGGUGAAGGUGACUGCCCGUGGCGCGGGGUACGCGCUGCUGCAGCUGUCGGUGCAGUACAACGUAGACGUGCCGCGCUUCCAGACGCCGCCGCCCCUGCGCGCCUUUGAGCUGCGCACGCAGGCUAGCUUCUACGGACGGAACCAGUCGCACGUCGAUUACCGCAGCUGCGCCAGCUGGACGCUGGUGUCGGAGUCGGUGCGGUCGGGCAUGGCGGUGCUGGAGGUGGGCGUGCCGACGGGCUACAUGGUGCAGCAGCAGCGCCUCGACGCCUACGUGCUGUCGCGCGCCGUGCCCACGCUGCAGCGCGCCAAGUACCAGCCCGACAAGAUACUCUUCUACUUCGACUACCUGGACCAGGAGCCCACGUGCAUAAACUUCACGAUCGAGCGGUGGUUCCCCGUGGCGAACAUGUCGCGGUACUUGCCAAUACGAGUCUACGACUUCUACGCACCAGAGCGGUUCAACGAGACGAUCUUCGACGCGCUGCCGACGUACCUGCUGAACAUCUGCGAGGUGUGCGGCUCGUCGCAGUGCCCCUACUGCGCCAUCUACAACGCGGCCGCGCGCCCCGCCGCUAGCGCCGUCCUGCUCGCACUCGCCGCCGCGCUCCUCGCACGCCUCGCAACCACGCUCCGCCAAACGCACUAG